GGCAGUUCAGUUGCCAGAUAAGAAGUCCAUCAUCAUGUAUGUGAUGUCCCUGUUUGCUGUCCUGCCUAAAGAUGUGACUAUGGAAGCCAUCAGAGAGGUGGAGACCUUGCCCCGCAGAUACAAGGUGGAGCCUGACGAGAGCAAGGCCCUCAGCAGAGCACAGGCUCAUGUUGAGAUGGAGGAAGCCGUCUCCCCCCGGGCAGAUACCCCCAGCACACUGACGGAGACGGAGGAGGAGGUGGGCAUGGAGGUGGAUCUGGACUCAUACCAGGCCACCCUGGAGGAGGUGCUCACCUGGCUCCUCUCUGCUGAGGACUCACUGCAGGUGCAGGAGGAGGUGUCGGACGACGUGGAGGAGGUCAAGGAGCAGUUCCACACACACGAGGACUUUAUGAUGGAGCUGACGGCCCACCAGAGCAGCGUGGGGAACGUGCUGCAGGUGGGCAACCAGCUCAUCUCCCAGGGCAACCUGACGGAGGAAGAGGAGGAUGAGAUCAGGGAACAGAUGACUCUGCUCAACUCCCGCUGGGAGAACAUCCGCGUGGUCAGCAUGGACCGACAGGCCAGGCUCCACGAGGUUCUGAUGGACCUUCAGCAGCAGCAGCUGCAGCAGCUCUCUGAUUGGCUGACAAAGACGGAGGAGCGAAUCAGAAAGAUGGAGAUAGAGCCAAUGGCGGGAGACGUGGAGGGGUACAAGGCCCAGAUAGAGCAGCACAAAGGGUUGCAGAAUGACCUGGAGGCAGAGCAGGUGAAGGUCAACUCUCUGACACACAUGGUGGUGGUGGUAGAUGAGAACAGUGGAGAGAGCGCCACUGCUGCACUGGAGGACCAACUGCAGUCUCUGGGGGAGCGCUGGGCGGCAGUGUGUCGGUGGACAGAGGAGAGGUGGCACAAGUUACAGGACAUCCUCCUGGUGUGGCAGCAGCUGCUGGAGGACCAGAGUUUGUUCCAAGCGUGGCUGACAGAGAAAGAGGUGGCCUUAGGUGAGGUUCAGACCAACGCCUUCAAGGACCCGGGAGAGAUGAAUGCUAAUGUCCGCAGAUUAGCGCUCCUGAAGGAGGACAUGGAGAAGAAGCGGCGGACGCUUGACCAGCUGAGGGAUGCGGGACAGGAUGUGAGGUCACUGCUGAGAAGCGCCGAGGCGGGGGCGAGGAUCGAGGGAGACACAGAGGAGCUGACCCAGAGAUGGGAUAACCUGGUCCAGAGACUAGAGGACUGCUCCUACCAGGUGACGGAGGCCGUGACGAAGGCCGCUGGGAUGGCUCAGAUUGCGGAAGGCUUCGCAAUGGAGACGGUCGUGAUGGAAACGGUCGCUGUGGCGGCAGCACGGCCUGAGAAGGGGCUUGACGACCAGGAGCUGGCCCCGCCCACUCCUCCCAAGAGACGAUUGGUGGAGACGGAUGAGUCGGAACUCAGGGGAGGGUUGGAGAGUGACUUAUCUCACCUCCUGAGAUGGCUGAACACAUGGAAAGUUUCAGCUCAGACCGUGGCCUCUACUGACCCUGAAAACCCCGACCUUCAGGAAAAACUACAGGCUUUGGAGGCACAGCUGUUGUCGAAGGAGGCUCAGGUUGGUCAGGUGACCCAAGGAGGGCGGCGCCUGAUGGAACCGCUGGAGAAAGAGGGAGUGAGUGUGGACUCUAUCAGGUGUGAUAUAGAUGUGGUGGAGGCUGAAUGGGAGGUGUGUGUGAGUGAGCUGAAGGCUCUGUGUGACUGGGUCCAGGCCCAGACCCGGGUCAGAAGCCUCUGCUCUGAGUUGGCUGCUGUGGGCAAGGUUCUGGGAGAACAGGACCAGUGGCUGAGUGGAACAGACAGUACCAGAUCUGAUGAGGCUGCCCUUAGAACCCUCAGGACAGAGUGCCAGUCGCGGUUGGCCCAGCUGACUGCCCUGAGCCCACGAUUGGACCAGCUCUCUGCAGAGGUGGAGUCAAUAGAUGUCCCGCCCACUCUCACAGCCAACAUGGCCACUGUCUCUGCCCACCAGGCCUCCACACUGCAGCAGCUACAGACCAGGGAGCAGGAGAUCAAUGCAGCGCUGGCCAGCCUCCACUAUGUUGAUGACCAGAGGGCCCAGAUGAUACAGGUGGUUCAGGGUGACCAGAUUCCUGUGGUCAGUGAGGAUGAUGUGUCUGGGAACACUGUGGAGUCUGGGACUGACCUCAUAGAUGGUCUGGAGGCUAGACUGGGCACACUGCGGGAAGACAUCAUGGAUGUGCCUACAGUGGAGGGGGCAGUGGAGCGGGCACAGGCUCUGUGUAUAGAGAUAGAGCAGAUGCAGCAGGCCUCGGACCCUGCAGAACUACAAAGAUGGAGUCAGCUCUCCUCCAGGGCACGCGAUGAGCUGGGCACGCUGCAGUGCAUCCUGGGUAGCCUGAAGGACAAUCAGGUGCGUGUGGUGGAGUUGGAGCGCUGGCUGGAUGGCGUACAGGAACUGAUGUCACGGGAUGCCAAGGGCCAGGGAGACGCAGAGAGACUACAGGAAGAGCUCAACCAGUGCAAGGAGUAUGUGAGUGAGAUGGAGUCAGUGGAGAGUUUAGUGAAGCAGAUAGGAGAGAACGUAUUGGCGGUGCAGGGGGCUGCAGUACCAGAGUUGGCCCACUGGGGGCAGGCUAAACUGGAGGAGUGCCAGGGGAGGUGGGAGACACUGAGCAAACAGCUGCUGAGCCACCAGGAGCGUGUAAGUGAGAGCCAGGAGAGGCAGGUGAACCUAAGGAAAGACUUGGCAGAGAUGCAGGAAUGGAUGGCCCAGGUGGACGAGGAGUUCCUCAUGAGAGACUUUGAGUACAAGAGUCCUGAGGAGCUGGAGGGGGCACUGGAAGAGAUGAAGAGGGCUAAAGAGGAUGUGCUACAGAAGGAGGUGAGAGUGAAGAUAUUGAAGGACAACAUUAACAUGUUGGUGGCUAAGGCUAAGAUGACCCCUGGUGGCAGUGGCCAAGACCUGACAGAGGAGCUGGGGGGAGUCCUGGGGAACUAUCAGAAACUAUGUGACCGCUUCAAGAGCAAGUGUCACACCCUGGAGGAGGUGUGGUCGUGUUGGAUGGAGCUGCUGCAGUACUUGGACCUGGAGCAGGGCUGGCUCAACACGUUGGAGGAGAAGCUUCAGGCUACAGAGAACCUACCUGAGAGCACUGAGGCUGUCAACAAGGCUUUGGAGUCGUUGGAGUGUGUGUUGCGCCACCCAGGUGACAACAGGACACAGAUCAGGGAGUUGGGUCAGACCCUGAUAGAUGGGGGCAUCCUGGACGAACUUAUCUCAGAGAGACUAGAGACCUUCAUCCGCUACGAUCAGCUCAGCCACCAGGCUGUGAACCGUCAGAUCAGUCUAGAGCAGCAACUGGCCACUCUGAAGGAGAAUGAGCAGGUUCUCCAGGCUCUGGAGGAGUCACUGACCCAGCUAGACCACACACUCACCUCCUACCUCACCGACCGCAUAGACGCCUUCCAGCUACCGCAAGAGGCGCAGACCAUCGGGGCAGAGAUUGCGGCCCAUGAGGUGACAGUGGAGGAGCUGAGGAGUAGGAACGUGGGUAAUAUGCCUCCUGCCACCCCAGAGGGCAAGGCUGCUCGCAGUGGAACCAUGUUGGACCUGCUGCAGCGGAAGCUGCGAGAGAUCUCCACUAAGUACCAGUUGUUCCAGAAGCCUGCUAACUUUGAGCAGCGCAUGCUGGACUGUAAGAGGGUUCUAGAUGGAGCCAAGGAAGAGCUGCACAUUCUAGACAUCAGGGAGGUGGAACCCCAACAGAUCCAGGCCCACCUCAUUGGCUGUAUGAAACUGUAUAAGGUUCUGAGUGAGGUGAAGUUAGAGGUGGAGACAGUGAUAAAGACAGGAAGACAGAUCGUCCAGAAACAACAGACUGACAACCCCAGAGGCAUGGAUGAACAACUGACAGCACUUAAACUGCUCUACAACGACCUGGGAGCACAGGUGACAGAGGGGAAGCAGGACCUGGAGAAGGCUCUGUCUUUGUCUCUGAGACUACAUAAGGACAGCGCCGCUCUACAGGACUGGCUGACCACCAACCAGACCCUGCUGCAGCAGAAAAACUCCUCUGGAGACAUGCCUGCUGAUAUAGAUGCUGAGAUCGCCUGGGCCAACGGCAUGCUGAAGGAGUCGGAGCAUCGUAAGGCAGACCUGGCUGUGCUGAUGGAGACCAGCGCUGGGCUGCAGGGGCUGGUGGAGGGGAGCGAGGGCCCUCUGGAAGACAAGCUGUGUGGCCUUAACGAAGGCUGGGGACAGGUCCGCACCUGGUCCGAGGACUGGCUGAGCACCGUUCUGAGCCACCAGAACGAGGUGGAGAUCUUUGAUGAGAACCUGGCCCACAUCAGCACCUGGCUGUACCAGACCCAGAUCCACCUGGAUGAGACGGAGAGACUGCCCACAGUGGAGAGGGAGAUAGUAGUUAAGACCCUGCUAGAGGAGCUGGAUGACAUCACUCUGAGAGUGGACAGUGUGAGAGACCAGGCCAUCAUCCUAAUGACCAGUAGAGGUCCUGCCUGCAGAGACGUAGUAGAACCCAAACUGGCUGAACUCAACCGCAACUUUCACAAGGUCUCCCAAUGCAUCAAAGCUGCCAAGAUGUCCACCACUCUGGAGCCUGGGACUGUGGAUAUGAUUCAGCAGAUACAACAGAUCUCUCAGAUUCCUCACCAGAUCUCUCAGCUCCAACAGGACCAGAUUGCUGAGCUCCAGCAGAGCCAGUCAGAGGAGGCCCUGAGCUCCAGCCUGAUGCAGACCUUUGAGGGGGAACUAGAGGCAACACUCAGGGCCCUUGAGGACCAGCAGGACCCCGCACACACCCUGGAUGAUGACAAGAUGGAUGAGGAGAAGGCUGGCAUGGAGGACCUGCUGAGGAGAGGAGAGGAGGUGCUGCUCCAGACUGCAGACGAGGGCCAGAGGGAGGGGCUGAGACUCCGGCUGCUCCGGCUGCAGGCGCAGUACACCACUCAGAGGGAGUUUAGGGUGCUGAGAGUGAGACAGGUGGAGGUCUCCAUAGACGACGACUCUUCUUCAAACAGCUUCACAGAGCAGAGAGACAGACAGGACCUGACUGCAGAGCAGAUGGAGCCAGAGGACAGGGUGCCCUCUCUCAGUCCCUCAGACUACCUGCUGAAUAUCAACAAGGUUCUGCUGGCCAUGGCCGACAACGAACUGCUGCUCAACUCCUCCGAGCUCAGCAGUGGUCUCUAUGAAGACUUCUCCAGCCAGGAGGACACACUGAGGAGUAUAAAGGAGAGUCUGGAGUGUGUGGGGGAGCAGGUGACGGUGAUCCAUGAGCGCCAGCCUGAUGCCAUCCUGGAGGCGUCGCAGAGAGAGGUGGCACAGAUAGGAGACGCCCUCACCCAGCUCAAUGCAGAGUGGGACCGCCUCAACCGCAUGUACAACCACCGCAAAGGGAGUUUUGACCGUGCGGUGGAGGAGUGGAGACAGUUCCAUUGUGACCUGAACGACCUGAGCCAGUGGCUGACCGACAUAGAACAGGUGCUCACUGAGGGAACAGGACCUGAUGGACAACUGGACCAGGACACAGCCAGGACACACCAGGAGGAGCUGGAGGAGGGUCUAGCCAGUCACAUGCCUGUCCUGGCCGGGUUGAGCCAGACAGGGGAGAGGAUUAUUGGACAGCUGUCGGCCCCUGACGGGCCCCUGAUGGAGAACAAGCUGGAGGCCCUGGGACAGCGCUGCAGGGCCGUGCAAAGACAGGUGCUGGACAGACAGCGCAGGCUGGCUGGAGGUGACCCUGCCUUAUCAGAGCUGGUGAGGCGUAGUGGAGACCUGGCUCUGUGGCUGCAGGAGGCUGAGUGUGCUGUGAGCUCUCUUCCCGUCACCGCUACCGACAAGAACCUCAAAGAACUCAAGGCCCUGGCUGAGGAGAUGGACGCACAGAACGAGCGUCUUGGUUGGCUGAACAAGAACGGCCCCCAGAUUCUGGCCAAUCAGAGUGUGAGUCCUCAGGAGAGAGAUCAGCACAGGAGCAAACUCAGCACCAUCAACCUCAACUGGAGCAAGGUGACUCAAGAGUUGUUAGAUAAAGUAGGAGAGGUGGAGGGGAACCUACAGAGUCAUGGUCAGUUCCAGGACAAGAUGAACAGAAUGACCGACUGGGUUCAGGUCACACACCAGAGCCUCAGUGGGAGAGGUGUAAGCCCUGCAGAGAGCCAGGUUCUGGCAGCAGCUAUGAGGGAGCGUAAGAGAGAGCUAGAGGAACUGUUGGCCCGCUCCAUAGAACUACAAAGACGACAACAGCUGCUUCCCCUGGAGAAGAGUAAGGUAGAGCAGCUGGCGGCAGACUGGAAGGCUCUGGACGGAAGGCUGAAGGAAUCUCAACACCCACCUAUGUUGUCUCCAUUGCAACAUCCUGUUUCUUCUCCAUGGAACCACCAUGUCGCCCAACAACAACAACUCUCAGUGUCAGUGGUCCCAUCGGCAGUACAGAUGGCCAGUCUGAUGAGUGAGGACCGGCACCACCAGACCCCCCGCAGCCCAGAGCUGGUGGCCCCCACAGAUCUGAACGAGACGGCCACAGAGCUGGCUGACUGGCUGCUGCUCAUCACACAGAUGCUCAAGUCCAACAUCGUUACUGUAGGGGACACAGACGAGAUACGCACCACCAUGGGACGCCUACAGGUGACUAAAAGUGACCUGGAGCAGCGUCACCCCCAGCUGGAGGACAUCUUCACUCUGGCCCAGAACAUAAAGAACAAGACCUCCAACCUGGACGUACGCACCUCCAUCACUGAGAAACUAGAGAAGGUGCAUAGCCAAUGGGACAACACGCAGCACGGCGUAGAGGCACGGCUCCAGCAGCUGGACAGUAUGAUUGGCCACAGCGACCAGUGGGAGGAGCAGAGGCAGGAGGUGAAGGCUCUGAUUGGUCAGAACGAGGGGCGCCUGCACAACCUACUGCAGCUCUCCAGGGAACCCCUGACCAAACAGCUCAGUGACAACAAGGUGUUCUUGCAAGACCUGGGAAGAGGUCAGGGUACCGUGGUAACCUUUAACGAGCUGUCCAAUCAGCUCCUGCGAGAGUAUUCUGCAGAUGACACAAGGAGGAUCAAAGAGGUCACGGACAAACACAACAGAGCCUGGAACAGCAUUAACAACAGGGCUAGUGACCGCCAGGCUCAGCUGGACAGUGACCUGACUGCUCUACAGACGUCCCUCAGGGAGCUGGAGGCCUUCCUCAAGUGGCUUCAGGAGGCCGAAACUACCGUCAACGUCCUGGCCGACGCCUCCCAGAGGGAGGAGCUAUCACAGGACUCUGCCCACGUCAAGGAGCUGAGGGGGCAACUGGAGGAUAUCCAGGCGGAAAUCGAUGCCCAUAAUGAUAUCUAUAAGAGUGUGGACGGGAACAGGCCCAGGAUGGUCAAGGCCCUGGGGACUUCUGAGGAGGCUGUGUUUCUACAGCACCGACUGGACGACAUGAACCAGCGCUGGAGUGACCUCAAAACCAAGUCGGCCAACAUACGGCCUUGCGGUCAGAGCUGAAGGACCGUGAGCAUGUUGUGGUCAGUACGCUGGAUCAGGCACGCAUGUACCUGGCUGACCAGCCCAUCGAGGGGCCGGGAGAACCACGCAAGAACCUACAGCCCAAAACAGACCUGACUCCAGAGGAGAAGGCGCGGGGUGUGGCCAGGGCCAUCAGGAAGCAGACAGCGGAGGUGCAGGAGCGUUGGGAGCGUCUGCAGGGCCACGUGGGUGGAUGGCAGAGCCAGGUAGAGAGGGCCUUAGAGAGGCUACAGGAGCUCCAGAGCAACAUGGACCAGCUGGACAUGCGGCUAGCCAGGGCAGAGGAGACCAAGGCUGGCUGGCAGCCUGUAGGAGACCUGCUCAUAGACUCACUGCAGGAACACAUAGAGAAGACCACGGUGAGGGGAGAGAUGUCCCCUCUGAGGCAGGACGUGUGUGAGGUGAACGAGCUGUCUGGUGAGCUGGCUCCUCUGGAUGUCCAGCUGUCCUCCAUCUCCUCCAGACAACUGGACAACCUCAACAUGCGCUGGAAACUACUACAGGUGGCCGUUGAAGAGAGACUGAAACUCCUUCAGGAAGCCCACAGAGACUUUGGCCCGUCCUCCCAGCACUUCCUCUCCACCUCUGUACAGCUCCCGUGGCAGAGAGCCGUGUCUCAGAAUAAGGUUCCAUACUACAUCAACCACCAGACUCAGACUACCUGCUGGGACCAUCCAAAGAUGACAGAGCUCUACCAGUCGCUUGCCGACCUGAACAACGUGAGAUUUUCCGCUUACAGAACAGCCAUGAAGAUCCGUAGGCUACAGAAAGCACUGUGCUUGGAUCUGUUGGAUCUGAAUGUGGCCCAGAGCACCUUCGAGCAGCACAAGCUUACCCAGAAUGCCCAGCUGCUGACGGUGCCGGAAGUGAUUAACUGUCUGACAUCCAUCUAUGAUGGUCUGGAGCAGCAGCACAAGGACCUGGUCAAUGUUCCGCUGUGUGUCGAUAUGUGUCUCAACUGGCUGCUCAAUGUAUACGACACCGGACGCAGUGGGAAGAUCCGUGUUCUGUCCAUGAAGAUAGGAUUGCUCUCGCUCUCCAAGGGCCAUCUGGAGGAGAAAUACAAAUACCUGUUCAGUCAGGUGGCGUCGUCGGGGGAUACGUGUGACCAGAGACAGCUGGGUCUGCUGCUCCACGACGCCAUCCAGAUACCACGGCAACUAGGAGAGGUCGCCGCCUUCGGAGGGAGCAACAUUGAACCCAGCGUCCGGAGCUGUUUCCAACACGUGACAAAUAAGGUGGAGCUGGAGCCCAGGCAGUUUGUUGAUUGGAUGAGGCUGGAGCCCCAGUCUAUGGUGUGGCUUCCUGUCCUACACAGAGUGGCGGCUGCUGAGACCGCCAAGCACCAGGCCAAGUGUAACAUCUGUAAAGAGUGCCCCAUUGUAGGGUUCAGGUAUCGCAGUCUGAAGCACUUUAACUACGACGUGUGUCAGAGCUGCUUCUUCUCUGGACGAACCGCCAAGGGCCACAAGCUCAACUACCCCAUGGUGGAGUACUGCACGCCCACUACUUCGGGUGAGGACAUGCGUGAUUUCACCAAGGUGCUGAAAAACAAGUGCUCCAAGAAGUACUUUGCCAAGCACCCCAGGCUGGGCUACUUACCGGUCCAGACUUUUCUAGAAGGAGACAAUAUGGAAGACCCAGUAACAUUGGUACACUUUUUGCCAGUCCUGUCUGGUCCAGCGACGUCACCCCAGCUCUCUCAUGAUGACACUCAUUCCAGGAUAGAGCAGUAUGCUAACAGGUACUGUACACUACCAUCACACAAACCUUGCACAUACUUGGUAUACCAAUGACUGUCUAUGCCAGACUAUUG